CCUCAAAAUAGGGCAAGAAAGUUGAUAUAGAAUGGAUCCAGUCCAGAUCCAAAGUUUCUAGAGAAAGAUGUAGCAGUGGGGCUGAUAGAUUGGGCCCAAUCGUUAUUAUUUUGAAUGAUCGGAAUGGGCCAACAGCCCAAUCCUAAACCCUAAAGCAUACGUGAGGAAGAGAUGUAGCCCUAACCAACGAUAAUGAAAUCGAUAUAGCAAAUUGGAUGUGUAUGUCAAUUAUGGAAGAAAUUAUUGUAGAUUGAUUGAUGUAUAGAAACUUGAAUGGGUGAUGGGGAUGCGGUGUUGAACACCAACCAUUCAUCAUGUUCUACGGCCAUAUAUAGCGUAGGGUGUAAAACUAUUGAAGGUUCAGAGUCCGUGAAUUUAGAAUUGAUAAAAGGGAUUGUAAAUCAGGUUCAUGUCCUCCUCGUUUAGCUCUUCGCUGGCCUGCUAUUGCAGGCAGAGGUUGCUAUUUCGAGAUUCACCUACAAGGAAGGAGAAUUUGAAAGCAAUAGAACAAAAUAUAAUAACAGUAUAAUGAUUUGAGAGAGUAGGUAUGGCGGAACGCGUACCGGAAAACGUCGCCGUCGCCAUGGAAUCGGCAGGUGAAGAAGCCAGCGGCGCCGCCGUUAAGCCGGCAAUCGAUGCGGAGAAGAAGAAGAAAAAACAGGGCGGCGCGUAUGGUAUUUUCAGCGCGGCUCUGUCGGUGCUGCGAAAGAAGAGUUCUGAAGAUAAGGAGACGAAGAAAACAUUGUCGAAACAGAAAAGUACCAAUUGGAAGAAAUUAGUUGGAGCUCUGCGUCCCCUGUGCCUGCAGCAGGCGGCGAUGGAGAGCGCAGAUGAGCAUACCUUGCGGCGGCGAAAGCAAGCCUCGUCGGCCGAGAAGAAAACUCUGAAGGAUUUUGUCCAGCCUAGAUCUCCGGCGUCUUCCUGCUCCAGCGGUACCAUGAGCAGAUACGCUUCCGCGACGAGCCUUUGGGAUCAGGACGAUAGCAGUAGCAACAGCAGCGGCGAUGAAAUGGAUCCAAACGAGGUGUUCGAUGCACUGACCGAAGACGAGAUGAUUGACGCCAAGGCGGACGAAUUCAUCGCGCAAUUUUACAGAGAUCUUUAUAAUCAAAACGCGUCGCAUCCUUCUCCCCGCUGCCUUGACGGUGGAAUUUCACUGGAUAGUCGAAACAGAUUGGCGGCAAGCGAUGAUCUCCGACCUUGAGAUUGAAAUUCAAAUUCAAAUUCAAAUUCCAUUUCCAUUUCCAUGCAAUGCAUAUAUUAUAUGCAUCUGGAUCUGGUUUUAGUUUAGGUUGAAAGAGAUGGAGAUGGAGAUGGUGCGCACUGAGCAGUAUUCACAAGUCUCAAUAAUUUAGCAUACGGUUAGUUCUAAUACACCACCAUUCUCAGUCACAAUAUCAUUAAUUUAGACCCAAACUAUACUAUACUAUACUAUACACUUUUAGAGAUAAUGCAUUUAGGCCCUUUGGCGUGGGAUGGGAUGGAUCAUGGAUUCGGACUUGGAAGUGGAUUUUAAAUGCUUCAUGAUGAUUAUUAAGUCGUUCUGUGUAAUAUGAUCGAUGAUCAACAGUUUGUAAAUUCGGCCCCUUUUAUGUUAUUAUUAUUAUUAUUUCAUA